AUGAGGGCAAUUCUGGUAUAUCUGUCGAUCUCAAGCCUGGUCAUGUGCCUGGCCAAUCCGCUGGACAAGCUGGAGAAGCUGAACGUUCUCGAGCAGCAGUCAGGGACGUUGAACGACCGCGCCAAGUACGAGGAGGAGCUGCUACGUAAGCUGAACUCGAAUUGCUCGCAGAACCAUCUGAGCAGCUGCGUGAUGCUGAAACUGGUGACGAACAUGAACAAGUUUCUGAAGAAGGCGUCGAUCGAGCUGACGGACGACAUCGAGAUCAGAAAAACCAGCCAGGCUACGGAGGAAGUCGUAACAUUCGAGUCUGGCAGGAGCAAAGACGACGAGUCCGAGGUCCUCGACCUUGUCGCGAACAAGGUGUACGCGUUCAUCAAGUCCAGGAGCAUCAAAUGGAGAAUUCUGCCCGAGGACGACGUCGUCGUGUCUGCCUCCGAGGAUGAGAACGGAUCACUGAAUCUCAGCUUGUCGAUCGAGCGUGCUGACAACGCUGCGGUCCAAGAUGGUCGUGGGAAGAAGAACAACAACAUGGGCCCGUUGAUCGCGGCGGCGGUGCUGAAGAUGGGCCUGAUAGCGGGGCUGGCGUUCAAGGCCCUGGCGCUGCUGGUGGGCAAGGCGUUGCUACUGUCGAAGAUAGCGCUUCUUCUCGCGGGCAUAAUCGGCUUGAAGAAGCUGUUCUCGCAGCAGAAGCACGUCACGUACGAGGUGGUCGCCCAUCCUCAUCACAGCUCCAGUCACACGGUGAGCUCGGACCACGGCCACGGGGACAGUUACUCGAGCGGAUGGGCGAGGAGCUUCCAUCAAGGGCCGAUCCCCGGGCAGACGGACGCCCACGACUUGGCCUACUCGGCGCACGCAAAGUGA